AUGACUUGCCUUCUCAACCUCCCCGCGGAACUCCACCUGCUCAUUGCCCAGAACCUCUCAACAUCCGACACCAACGCCUUCUCCCAAGUCGACCACCGCGUCUACACGACAAUCAACCCAUACCUCUACAAACAUCACAUCCAGCAGCACAACCAGAGCCAGUCCACCGAGUUGGACCCCAUACUCACCUGGGCCACCACGCGCAACCGUCCGACGACACUCACCAAGCUCCUCACCUACGGGGUCUCCCUCCCACUCACAUCCAGCUACAAUAAUGCCACGACCGUAACCACCACUCUUCUCGGCCACCCAACACCCAUCCAGCUCACCGCCGCCCCUCAGAUCACCCACCCCAUCACCAUCGCCUCCCAGCACGGCCACGCAGCCAUAAUCACUGUCCUACUCCACCACGGCGUCGACCCCAACUACCUAGACCGCAGCGGCCGCACUCCGCUCGAGCUAGCCGUUAUCGGGAACCACCUGUCCGCCGUGGACGUGCUUCUAUCGCACGGGUGUCGGCUGACGCUUCAUCCAGGCGAUCCGCCCUACAGGAUGACUCUGACAGAGCUGGGGCUCGCAGUGGCGUGUGGGUACGUUGACGUCGCGAACAGGCUGCUCGACGAGGUACACGCGCGCAAAAGUUACGAUGUGGAGGUGUCAAGGCAGCAGGAGAGAGCGGCGCUCGUGCUAGCUGCCCAGGCUGGUAAGGAGGGUGUCGUGCGUAUGUUGGUUGAGAGGGGGGCUGUGGCUACUAAGAUUGCGGGAGAGUGGGCUGCGCGGAACGGGCACUGGGGGGUGGUGCGUAUUCUGGCGUCGGUGGGGUGA